UAUCCUUUGUGUAUUUUUCUCGUCCUGUUCUCAAAAAUAAACGCAGCAGAGAUGCAUGUAAACUGUUAUGACAUGAACGACUUUAGUUUACAUAAAAGCGAAAAGAACAAAUCUGACAAUAUAUAUAACUGUACAUGCAUGGAGGGUCAUGAUUAGAAUUUGAAAGGUUUUAUAAUCACCCAAGUUUAUCUUAAUUUUGAUUAUUGAUGUAAAAUCUAUAUAUAUCUGCUUUCCUCACUUUCAUAUAAAACAAGUCUUCUCAUUUGAUACUGUCCCUACAAUGCCAUUGUAUUCAAUGAGAUUAAUCCUGUGAGGAUAUGAUCAUAAUAAGCUAAACAAACAUGGUGAAAACCACAAAUCACCUAUCCGUGUAAAAUAACAUUAAAAAUUAAUUAAACAAGUGUAUUUAUAUACACAAUACAUGGUAGUUGAUUUGGUGACUGGUCUUUUGUUCAGAACAUGAAUUGACUUGCAACAACUCCCACGGUGAAAAUUCAACCUAAAAUCAUAUAUUCCACAAACCUAAUCCCACGUGCAUUAUUUUGUUCCUCCUAAUAAUCCAAUCCAUAUGCUAGCACUAAAACUUGUCAUAUUUUUAAGGUCCUGUUAGAACAUCUUGCUUAUGUGAUUCUCUUUAAGUCCAACCUCAUACAAAACACAAAUGGUGAGCAGCAUAACAACAUUACUUCUUUGGUUCUUUCUUACAUCCCACAUGAUAACUGUCACAUCAACAGACAGUUUAGCAAUGAGUCAAUGUAUUCGAGAUGGCGAAACGUUAAUCUCGGCCGGCCGAAAUUUUGAGCUGGGUUUCUUUAGCCCCGGAAUUUCAACAAGUCGAUAUUUGGGUGUGUGGUACAGAGCUUCAUCAGGGAAUGCAACAAUUGUGUGGGUGGCAAACAGAGAAAACCCCCUUCACAACAAGUUAGGAACUUUAAGGUUAAACAACAAGGGGAUUCUUGAGCUUCUUAGUAACACAAAUAAAACCAUUUGGUCAUCCAACAUCAUAGCAAGCAAAACCAAAGCCACGAGUAGCUCAAUUGUACAACUCUUGGAUACAGGAAAUCUUGUAGUGAAAAAUGGACAAGAUACUAAUAAUGAGGACAAUCCUUUGUGGCAAAGUUUUGAUUAUCCUGGCGACACAUUGAUGCCAGGAAUGAAGGUUGGAUUGAACUUUGUUACUGGGAAGAAUGCAUCUCAAUCAUGCUGGAAAAGCGACGAGGAUCCUGCUGUGGGAGAAUAUUCUCUAAAAUUUGAUCCUAGAGGAUAUCCACAAUUGAUGCAGAUGAAAAGAUCUGCAAUAAGUAUCAGACGAGGGUCAUGGAAUGGCCGUUAUUUUACUGGAUCUCCAGCUGAGGACAUGCAUGAAUUUAAAACUGAUUUUGUGUUCAACAAAGAAGAGGUCUAUUAUGAGUUUGAAAUUCUUGAUAGAUCAAUCUUCUCUGUAUUCAAAAUGGACCCUUCUGGGAAUACACAAAUUAUGGUUUGGGAAAUUCAAACAAGAAUUCCAGUGGAAGUUUCCAUGAUCAAUGGACCAAAUGCAUGUAAAAGUUAUGCAUUUUGUGGUCAAAAUUCUUGGUGCUUUAUGGAUGGCAAUUUUGCUGUAUGCCAAUGCAUGAAAGGUUAUACUCCCAAGUUUCCUGAACAAUGGAAUACAUCACAGUGGUCUGGUGGUUGUGUUAGAAAGACUCCAUUGAAGUGUAAUGAUACAAAUGGAUUCUUCAUGUAUGAGUACAUGAAAAUGCCGGACACAUCUUCUUCAUGGUUUAGCGAGACCAUGAACCUCGAGGAAUGUGGAAAAUCAUGCCUGGAAAAUUGUUCAUGUGUUGCAUAUGCAAGUUUGGAUAUCCGAAAUGGAGGAACUGGUUGUCUACUUUGGUUUGAUUAUCUUGUUGAUGUGAUGCAAUUUUUUAAGGCCGGUCAAGAUCUUUAUAUUAAAGUCCCUGCAUCAGAAUUAGAUAUUUACCAUGGACACAACAAGAAAAUUAAAGUGGGAAUUGCAGCUGGUGUCAUUGUCUUCGGAUUAAUCACAAUUGUCAGCAUAAUGAUAAUUACAAAACCAGGGGCAACAAGGAUAUUAUGCAGAAGGUGGCAACGACGAGAAAACAUUGAUCUACCAACAUUUGAUUUCUCAAUCCUAGCUAAAGCUACAGAAAACUUUUCAAGUUGCAACAAACUUGGAGAGGGUGGUUUUGGACCAGUAUACAAGGGCACAUUGUCAGAUGGUCAACAUUUAGCUGUGAAAAGGCUUUCAAAAAAGUCUACACAAGGAUUGGAGGAGUUUAAAAAUGAAGUGGUAUUGAUAGCCAAACUUCAACAUCGCAAUCUUGUGAAACUUCUUGGUUGUUGCAUUCAAGGAGCAGAAAAAAUAUUAAUCUAUGAAUACAUGCCUAACAAAAGCUUGGACUACUUUGUUUUUGAUGAAAUAAGGAGGAAGCUACUCAAUUGGCAUAAGCGUUUCGACAUUAUUAGUGGCAUUGCUCGUGGACUUCUUUAUCUUCAUCAAGAUUCUAGACUAAGGAUUAUUCACAGAGAUCUAAAAACCAGCAAUAUUUUAUUAGAUGCAAAUAUGAAUCCAAAAAUAUCAGACUUUGGUCUAGCAAGAACAUUCUUAGGAGACCAAGCAGAGGAUAAGACAGACAGAGUAGUUGGAACAUAUGGCUAUAUGCCUCCGGAGUAUGUAGUGCACGGACAAUUCUCAAUGAAGUCAGAUGUUUUUAGCUAUGGUGCGAUUGUAUUAGAGUUGAUAAGUGGGAAGAAAAAUAGACAGUUCUCAGAUCCAGAACACAACCUUAAUCUUCUUGGGCAUGCUUGGAGAUUAUGGUCUAAUGAGAGGCCAUUGGAACUAUUAGAUGAAGUAUUAAAGGAAGGAUGCACCCGUUCUGAAGUCAUACGAUGCAUACAAGUGGGUCUGUUAUGUGUGCAGCAAAGACCAGCAGAUAGACCAAACAUGUCAUCAGUGGUUCUAAUGCUAAAUGGUGAGAAAUUGUUGCCCAAGCCAAAAGUUCCCGGUUUUUAUAAUGACAGAAGUGUUACACUUGAAACAGAUUCUUUGUUGAAAAAUUACACAUCAUUUUCAACCAAUGAAAUUUCUAACACUAUGUUAGAUUUUUUGCUAAAACUCAUCUUCCGUGGUCACUGUUUAGAAGUUCUACAAAUGAUUGAAAACUUAAGGAUGCUGCUUAUUUCAUUACUUCUCAUGUCCUGCAUGAGAACAAUCACUUCAAGAGACAGUUUAGAAGUAGGUCAAUCUAUCCAAGAUGGUGAGACUUUGGUUUCUUCUGGUGGAAGCUUUGAAUUGGGUUUCUUUAGUCCUGGGAUUCCAACAAAUAGAUACUUAGGUGUGUGGUACAGAGAUGCAUCAGGGAAUUCAACAGUUGUGUGGGUGGCAAACAGAGAGAUACCAAUUCAAAGUAACUCAUCAGGUGUUUUGAGACUAAGCAAGAAGGGGAUUCUACAGCUUCUGAAUGGCACUAACAGCACCAUUUGGUCUUCCAACACCUCAGGCAACACUUUGGGGAGCUCAAUUGCACAACUCUUGGAUUCGGGAAAUCUUGUAGUGAAAAAUGGACAAAGCACAUCGGAGAAAAACUUUUUAUGGCAGAGUUUUGAUUAUCCAUGUGAUACACUGAUGCCAGGAAUGAAGCUUGGAUUGAACUUAGUUACUGGUUUUGACAUAUCUAUGUCAUCUUGGAAAAGUGCAGAGGAUCCUGCUGUAGGAGAAUAUUCUAUAAAGUUUGAUCCUAGAGGAUAUCCACAAUUAAUACAAUGGAAAGGAUCUGUUAAAUAUUUCCGAACAGGGACAUUUAAUGGCCUUUAUUUCACUGGAUAUCCAACCCAGGAAGAUGAAUAUAGACAGGAUUUUGUAUUGGACAAAACCGAGGUGUGUUGGAAGUUUGAAAUACUAGACAGAUCAAUUUUCUACCUGUAUAAACUACAACCUUCAGUUACUUCAAUAGGUACUAUUUGGAAAAAUCAAACAAGAACUGAGUUGGAACUUGCCACAAUUGAUGGAUACAAUGGGUGUGGAAGUUAUGCCUUUUGCGGUUCAAAUGCUAUAUGCAAGGUUGAUGCUAACCUUGCAUCAUGUGAAUGCCUAAAAGGAUAUGUUCCCAAGUUUCCCCAACAAUGGAAUAUGUCAAAUUGGUCUGAUGGUUGUGUUAGGAAGACUUCACUGGAUUGUAAUAACACUAAUAGCUUCUUAAGGUACACAGAUAUAAAAGUGCCAGACACUUCAUCCUCAUGGUAUAACAAGACCAUGAAUCUCAAGGAAUGUGAAAACAUUUGCCUAAAAAACUGUUCUUGUGUUGCUUAUGCAAAUUUGGAUAUCCGUAAUGGAGGAAGUGGUUGCCUACUUUGGUUUAAUCAUCUUAUUGACAUGGUUCAAUACUCAAGAGCUGGUCAAGAUAUUUAUAUCAAAGUCCCUACUUCGGAAUUAGGUACCUAUCCCACCCCUCUCUCCCUUUUUCUUUUAAACAAGAUAAGAUCACUUCAGCCUCAUUCAACAAAAUUGUUGUACCACAAGUUGGUGACUAAUCAUGGUCUACAUAUCUUUGGUCAUGUUGCAGGUAAUGACCACGGAAAUUUGAAGAAAAAGAAGGUGCGAAUUGCAGUUGGUGUGAUUAUUUUCGGAUUAAUCACUUGUGUUAGCAUAGUGAUAAUAAAAAAAUCAGGAGUUGCAAGAAUAAUUCAAAGAAAUAGGCAAAGACAGGUCACUGAGCUACCAACAUUUGAUUUCUCGGUCUUAGUUAAAGCAACAGAGAACUUUUCAAGUAGUAACAAACUUGGAGAAGGUGGUUUUGGAUCAGUAUACAAGGGCACACUAACAAAUGGUCAAGAGUUAGCUGUGAAAAGGCUUUCAAAAAAGUCUAAACAAGGUUUAGAAGAGUUUAAAAAUGAAGUGGCAUUGAUAGCCAAACUUCAACAUCAUGAAAUCAGAAAGAAGAUGCUAGAUUGGCUUAAGCGUUUCAACAUUAUCAGUGGCAUUGCUCGGGGACUUCUUUAUCUUCAUCAAGAUUCUAGACUGAGGAUUAUUCAUAGAGACCUAAAAACUAGCAAUAUUCUGUUAGAUGCAAAUUUGAAUCCUAAAAUAUCAGACUUUGGCCUAGCUCGGACAUUCUUAGGCGAUCAGCUCGAGGCUAACACGAACAGGGUAGCUGGAACAUAUGGUUAUAUGCCUCCCGAGUAUGCAGUACAUGGACAAUAUUCAAUGAAGUCCGAUGUUUUUAGCUAUGGUGUCAUACUACUAGAGUUGAUAAGUGGGAAGAAGAAUAGAGAAUUUUCAGAUCCAGAAAACUACCUUAACCUUCUUGGACAUGCAUGGAGAUUAUGGACUGAUGAGAAGCCAUUGGAACUGCUAGAUGAAGUGUUAAAGGAAGGAUGCACACCACUUGAAGUAAAAAGAUGCAUUCAAGUGGGCCUCUUAUGUGUGCAACAAAGACCAGAAGAUAGGCCAGACAUGUCUUCAGUGGUUCUAAUGUUGAAUGGUGAGAAAUUACUGCCCAAGCCAAAGGUUCCUGGUUUUUAUACUGAAAGAGGUGUUACACUUGAAGCAGAUUCUUUGAUGGAAAAUCACACAUUGUUUUCAGCCAAUGAAAUCUCCAUCACAACAUUAUAUGCAAGAUAGAAUAUGAAAGCAAAGCAGGGACAUGAAUUUACCUCAAUAUACAGGAUAAUUAGGUUACUCUAGCAUGCAUAAUAGCUUUACAACCUUUCAACUCUGUAUUUGCUGUGAAUUUCAACUUCAUCUCUUCUUUUCACAUAUCUUUUUAUUUUUCUCCUAGACAAGUUACAGCAACAUGCUAAAAGCACAUCUCUUUUUAAAGGAGAAGAGAAAUAAAAGAACAAAAAAAUGUAAAUGCGUAUGUUUGCUUAGGAAUAACUUUUCAAACUUUGAACCAAACAUAGGAAUAUGAUAUUCCCAUCUUAAAAUUCCUAGGAAUUAUUUAUAAUUCCCCCCAACCACACACAGGAAGUGAUAUAAAGUCUAAUGUGGAACCUAAGAAAUAGCAACAGGGUUCUCCCAAUUGAAGCCAUAAGUGGCUACAGUAAUAACCGGCCCCGGGCUGGUUAGCAUCCUCUCUGCAGCGUCACCGGGCGGAGCUUCCUUCCUCCCGAGCAGACAAAGCCUCAUUGCAGAAGUAGUGUGUCAAUCAGUAUUUGUUGUGUCUCUAAGCUUGUUUUGGUUUUUCCGGGAGUAGGGAGAGGGAAGGGGGUACUGUUUGAACUGUGGGUUUGGAUUGUUUCCGGGUUGAAUCGGUUUAAUCCGGUCUUACCCAAGACCCAAAAAAAAAUCUAAACCGAUAUAAAUUAAAUCGUGCAUCCAAUCCAAUCUAAACCGAAAAUCGAUUUGUUUGGAUUCUAUUUUUUACAAAAUGCAUGGAUAAGAUCAGAUUUUGAAUCUACUUCUCAGAACCGAUUCAAUUCAAUGCAAACCGCACAAUGUGUAUAAUUAUUUUAUUAUUAUAUUUAUAAU